AUGAUUCAAUUGUUUGUGAAAAAUGAGUUUCGAACGCUCUCUAUGAAUGAUAUUCGAUUGUUUAUCUUGAUGACCAAUGAGAAUGUUCGAAAUGAAAGAGAACCAACUGGUUUCUAUGAUCGUAUCUGUAAAUUACGACGUACAUCGUCAUUGACAAUGACAGAAUCUGUCAAUGAAUGUGAUGUUGAAGCACAUUCCGACACUGAUGAAGUCAAACGAGUCAAAUUCAAAAUCAAACAACGCAGACUCAUCAAACCCGGUGGUUUUGGUAAACCGAGUGUUUAUCAUGGUCUAGUUGUUAUUUUUCUCGAAUUUUUCGCAUGGGGUCUUUUAACAAAUCCUAUUAUCUCAACACUCAAUCGAACAUUUCCGACUCACACAUUUUUAAUGAAUGGCGUUAUUCAUGGAAUGAAAGGUUUAUUGACAUUCCUAAGUUCGCCGUUGUUAGGUGCUUACUCUGACGUCUGGGGACGCAAAUCUUUUCUGCUUCUUACGGUUUUCUUUACGUGCUGUCCAAUACCAUUGAUGAAAUUUAGUCCGAUGUGGUAUUUUGCUUUAAUUAGCAUCAGUGGUCUGUUUUCUGUAACGUUCAGCGUCGUUUACGCGUAUGUAGCUGAUGUUACGGAUGAGAAUUCUCGUGGUGCGGCAUAUGGAUUGGUAACGGCGACAUUUGCUGCAUCAUUAAUCACAAGUCCGGCGAUUGGUGCACAUCUCGCUCGCCUCUACAGUGAUAAUUUUAUUAUUGCACUCGGUACGGCAGUUGCCGUGUUAGAUUUAUUGUUUAUCUAUUUCAUGGUACCGGAAUCUUUACCAGAACGAUUGCGCAUUGAUCAGAAAGUGUCAUGGGACAAAAUCGAUCCAUUUUCAGCUCUUAGGAAAAUAACUCACGAUCGUUUCAUUUAUCUGAUCUGUCUCAUCGUUCUUCUAUCGUAUCUUCCGGAAGCUGGGCAAUAUUCCUGUUUUUUCGUUUAUCUACGCUUAGUAUUGGGCUUUUCUGAAGAUGAAGUUGCUUAUUUCAUCGCAUUUAUCGGUGUACUUUCAUGUAUUGCUCAAACUGCCUUUUUGGCAUGUUUACAAAAAUACUUCGGUGCAAAAGAAACAAUUAUGGUUGGAUUGUUUUUUCAAAUUGUUCAACUAGCAGCAUUUGGAAUUGCCACAUCCACUUGGGUCAUGUGGUUUGCGGGCGGCUUAGCUGCACUUUCAUCCUUAACCUAUCCGUCGAUUAGUGCAUUCGUUUCCGUCUAUGCAGAUGAAAAUCAACAAGGUGAGCCCAACGAAGACUUUUUCGUUCAGAUUCCGAAAAUCCCUUCUGCCGUUUCAGGUCUUGUCCAAGGAAUGGUUAAUGGCGUCCGUGGUCUAUGCAAUGGUCUCGGGCCUGCUCUAUUUGGAUUCACCUUCUAUCUCUUCAAUGUCGAUUUUGGCUUUUCGCCCAAUACAGUUCUCCCACCAAGCAAUUCGAACAUUACAACAAUUCUAUCGAAUGCCAAACCAGUUUACUCGUCGAUGUUAAAUCGCGAAUUGCGCUAA